ACUAAGCCCCUCCGCCGCUCUCUUAUCCCUUCCUGCUGCUGCCCACUCUUCUCGUAAUCAAUAGCUUCCAUUAGCUUGCUCCUUCACCAGCUAUGGCCGCCACUGCUGCAGCAUCCUCGGCCCUCUACGGCGCUGCUUCCUUUUGCUUCACUCGGCGGGGCUUCGCCGGUGCAAAGCUGUCGACCCGCCCUCGCCCUCUGUUCGGCGUGGAGUUGGGGCGCGGGCGGGUGCGCGCCAUGGCAACGUACAACGUGAAGCUAGUGACGCCGGACGGUGAGUUCACUAUCCAGUGCGACGACGAUGUAUACAUCCUGGACGGGGCCGAGGAACAAGGAGUCGACCUGCCUUAUUCGUGCCGUGCGGGGUCCUGCUCCUCCUGUGCCGGUAAGGUGGUGGAAGGAGUGGUGGACCAGUCGGACGGCAGCUACCUGGACGACGACCAGAUACAGAAUGGGUUUGUGCUCACCUGUGUAGCCUACCCUACCAGUGACGUUGUCAUCUACACCCACAAGGAGGAUGAGCUCACUGGCUAAUUGAUUAAUUAGCAUAUUCACGGGAACAUAUUUAAUUAUGAUAUCAUAUUGCAACUUAAUUAAUGUCGUACGUCUCUCGAUCAACUGGGAUCGGCUGUGAUUGUUGCUGCAUGAGUGUUUCAUGGUCUAUUCAAAUAGCUAAAUAGCUGAAUUAUCAAUAAACAAAAAAUGCUAUUGACUAGAA